UCGCCCUUUAUUAGUUAUGCUUUUUGUGCUGCUGUAUGGAGUAUAGUUAAAGUACGCAGCGUAUAGUUAUUGCUUGCAUUCUAUACUUCUAUACAGCUGUCUGUGCCUUUGAACCAAAUAUCCUCCUGCGCCUGGCUGUAUUCAUUCAAUUCCCCCCCCCUACACCCGGAGAAUUACCCCUUGCUUUUUUUCGUCUUUUGUUUUUUUUUUCUUUUUUGCUGUCGCCCAUUUCCCUGGGCCCUGGUACAUAACUACCAUACGCAGUAAGUUUACAAUGUAGUUUGGAUGCAGCAGUUCGGUUUUUGCAAGCCAAGCCUUUUCUGGUCAGCCCACGCCGGAACUUGGGAGCGGAUCGUCCUGGUCAAGCAUUCCUCACUGCAUCUUCACGCAUCUUCACCUCAUUCUCUCCCCCGUCAUAUCCUCCUCCUCAUCACCACUCCCGCGUCGCAUCUCUGCGGAUAGUCCGGAUUCCCUCUCUGGCUCUGAUAUUUGCUUCUAUAUGCCAAAGUCUCUCUUUACCUCGCUGGACUGUGGUCCCCCUACUACCUUCGUGCGCCUGUCUCGGUUUCCCUCCCUCAGAUUCUAACCCCCUCCCAUCCAUCAUGCCUGGGAAAACCUUGCCUAUCUUUUCUACAGCCGACCUCAGAUCACAUUCGACUGCCAAAUCGUGCUACGUAACACGAGGCUCCAAGGUCUACGAUGUCACCUCCUUCGUCAACGAUCAUCCCGGCGGAGGUGACCUGAUCUUGGACUAUGCUGGCCAGGACGUUUCUGAGAUCAUGCGCGACAUCCCAUCCCACAACCACUCUGACGCUGCAUACGAGAUACUAGAGGAGCACCAUGUUGGCUUCCUGAAUUCUGCCCCUGCCUCCAAGAUGAACGGCCUAAAUGUGGAUGGAGCGACCGACGGACGCAUACCGACGUACAGUACCACAGGCAUGUCAAGUGAGGAAGAUCUCACUGUCGAAACCGACCUAACCGCGGAUUAUCGGACACAUAAGUUCCUCGAUCUGAACCGGCCACUGUUUGGCCAGCUGUGGUACGGUGGUUUCACCAAGGAUUUCUAUCUACAACAGGUCCAUCGCCCACGACACUACAAGGGCGGGGAAUCCGCUCCUCUGUUUGGAAAUUUUCUCGAGCCAUUGACAAAGACUGCUUGGUGGGUGGUUCCAUCGGUCUGGUAUCCGGCGGUUGCCUACGGAACGGCUGUGGGCUUCGCUGGCCUGCAAAAUUAUAUCAUAGGAUCUGCGUACUGGGUUUUGGGUCUGUGCAUAUGGACUCUGGUUGAGUAUGGCCUGCAUCGCUGUCUCUUCCAUGUCGAUGGAUAUUUACCCGAUAAUCGCGUUGGAAUUAGCUUACACUUCCUUUUACACGGUAUCCACCACUACCUCCCCAUGGACAAAUAUCGCCUUGUCAUGCCCCCAACAUUAUUCGUCCUACUGGCAACACCCUUCUACUAUAUCUCAAAGGCGGUGUUUUUCUAUAACUGGUACGCAGCCGUGACCGUCUUCUCGGGAGGAGUAUUCGGAUAUGUUUGCUAUGACAUGACACAUUAUUUCCUCCACCAUCGCAGUCUUCCAUCAUACUACAAACAACUCAAGAAAUACCACCUCCAACACCAUUUUGCAGACUACGAAAAUGGCUUUGGCGUCACCAGCCGCUUCUGGGACAGGGUGUUUGGAACAGAACUCCCGCCUCUCCAACCCGUGAAGGUCGAAUGAAUUCCUCAACACAACUCACAUAUUCAAAUUAAUUAAAGUCGCGUCGCCUCUAUAAAGGCUCAGACAAAGAUGAUUUCCACUCCGUUCACAUACCGGGUUUUUUUUGGUCAGGAAUUUUUUUUUUUUUUUUUUUUUUUUUUUUAAUUCUAAUUCUAAUUUUAAUUUCAAACGUUGCCCUCUUUUUGCGCGCAUACUCUCGAUGGUACAAUUACUGUAUCCAGCUCACCGCCAGCCUUUUCUUCCCUUCCACCUCUUCUUCUGAGUUAUCUAGUUGGUAUAUAUAUGUAUAUGCUCGAGAUCCAAUCAUAUUAUUCCCCCCAUGGGCCCUUACACAUCGCAUUGUUGCUACUAGCACAAAUGCUCCUGUAUUAUGUUGUACAGUUUCCUUCGUCUUCUUCUUCCGUCCUUUUUUUGGGGGAUUCUCCCCCUCUACUUUCUACUUCUACCUACUUUAAUGGCUGGAUACAUUGUUCUUAUAGCUCUGAGUUCUGUUCCACUUUCUUUUUCGUUUCUGCUUCUUGUCCUUGCUCUCGACACAUUUGCUGUUCGCUCUUAUAUCCCGCCCGCAUCUUAGAGCUGUUUUUAGUAGACAGGCAAAUGGAGCAUAGAGAGUGAUUAAUUGAUGACAAACUGCUGUCUACGUGUAGUAAGCGGAAUUUUUGGUUGGCGGAGGGUUGGCGGAGUACGGUCUGGUUGUGUUGGACAGGGCUUGUUACAUGAGAUCUUAUGGGGACCUGAUGGUUUUGUAUUUUAGAAAAGAGGAACGCGUAAAAUAAUGCGCAUUAAUAAACAUCUUCGGAUUUUCAACUCGUCUUAUUUUUACGUCCAUGUAUGAAUUCCUCUCGGUUGUCAAUAUAUAUAACACAUAUGGUAUCUACGCUGUAUGUUGGCAGAAAAUGAUUUGCGCCUCUCUCG